GAUUUCCAAGAUGUCGCUGACUCGGUGGAAGAGGUGUCGACUUAAAGUUCAAGCAUCUUCCCUUUAACAUGUAAACCCGACCAUGUCGGGAAAUAUACCACUAGAGAGAUGCUUCAAAGAGGCAGAGGAGACGGGAAGGCUCAAUUUGAGCCAGAAAAAUCUUCGCGAUUUCCCAGAUCCGACAGACGAUUGCGAGUUGAUCGAUGUAAUCGAAAUAGACUUGUCAAGAAAUAAACUGUCCGAAUUCCCUGCAGAGCUGUGCGAUUUUCUUAUGAUUGAAAGAGUGGAUUUAUAUCACAAUACGAUACGGGGAGUUCCAGAAUCGCAAAUGAGUGAACUGAAAUUUCUCCGUGUCCUAAACUUGAGACGGAAUCAGAUCACCACUUUCCCCUCAGAGCUCUGCUCCUUGCCUCUACAAGUCUUGAACUUAAGCAACAACAAGCUUACUUCUUUGCCUGUUGAAAUUGGACACUUAACUUUAUUGCAAGAUUUGGAUUUAAGUUCAAAUGAAUUAGUACACCUACCAAGUAGUAUGGGAGAGAUGUUAUCUUUAAAGGAUUUAAACAUUCGAAGGAAUCGUUUAGAAGUUUUACCAGAUGAACUUAGUAAAUUAAAAUUGGUUCGAUUAGAUUUUUCUUAUAACAAAGUGUCCGUGAUUCCUCCUGCUUACCGGCUUAUCACCAGUUUAUCGGUGCUGGAACUUGCGCACAAUCCACUGACUUCUCCCCCUGCUCAGGUCUGCACAAAAGGGAAGUUACAUAUUUUCAAGUACCUCAGCGCAACUGCUCAUGAACAAGAGAAGAGAAGAACAUUUGACAGAGAUGUUGUUAGAAAAUACUCUUUUCCGCGAUCAUCAAGUGAGGAUGCUCCUGAAAACCAUCUAAUGAUUGACAGAGUAAGAAGAACACAUUCCUUAGAUUUAGCAAGAAAUGCAGCUGCAAGAGAAACUUACGAGAAAGAGGUUUAUCGACCAAGCUCAUUACGAGAAAGAGAGAGAACAAGGCCCCCAUUGUCUAAUGUGUUUGAAACAGAGGAGAAGAGACGGGAGAUUCAGAAAGAGAUAGAAAGAGCACAACAGCUACUUGCAGAUGCCCAUGAAGUGGAAGAUGAUGAAGUGCAGUCAAAACCAGAUGAGGAGUAUAAUGAAGGAGAGGAACUUCUGAAGGAAUUCUUACAAAUUGAAGCUGAGCAAAGGCGAAAGAAGGAAGAAGAGGAAAGGCAGGUUGAGGAACGAAGAAGUGCUGCAAGGAAGCUGCAGACACAGCAUGAAGAAAUACAACAGCAACGACAAGCAGAGGUCAGGAGGAAAAUGGAAUCCAAGAAUGCAACUCCAGACCAGAAGUUCAGCAAAAUAAGCAAGUUAAAUAAAGUGGAGGAAGAGCUCCGAGCACGCAAAAGAGAGCAGCUUAUGCAACAGAGCAGAAGAGAGGCUCAACUUUCCAGGUUGAGAUUUGAAGAAGAACGUAUGAAGCGUUCUUCCAACCUUUCAAGAGAUGGCUCAAGCAAAUCAAGAUUUAGUGGCAAAAGCAGUGCUGCAACUGUUUCUUUUAACGGUAGUGAAGCACCUUCCCAAAAUGAUGGCGGUGUGCAAGAUAGGGAGGCAUGGGAGGAACUGGUUUAUACAAAUAUUCAUACAAGACAGAAAGCACCUCAGGUCCGAUCGUUACCAGCGACCUUCAGAGACCAAAACAAUCCGAAUUUUACCAUAAAGCGAAUGUACGACAGUGCACGAGAGGAAUUUGAACAACUGGAAAGACUUAGAGAGGGUAUCGAGAGCCGCCUCAAGGUGGCAUUACCAGAUGAUCUGCCUGCAUCAUUGGCCGAUGGAGUUGUUCUGUGCCACCUCAUAAAUCAUAUAAGAAAAGGGCUGAUUCCCAGCAUCCAUAUUCCUUCGGCAGGAGUGCCCAAACUUACAAUGCCAAAAUGUCAGAAAAAUGUGGAUUAUUUCCUCGAAGCGUGUAGAAAGCUUGGAGUAGACAAGGAAAAACUAUGUACACCAUCGGAUAUUCUCGAGGAGAAGAGUCCGUUACGUGUUUGCCAGACGGUAGAAUCUCUAUUAGAACACGCUGACGGAGGGGUAUAACAUCACCCAGUGAAACAAGAAUUUUGGUGAUUCAAAAUCUUGAGAAUUGACUUGCAGAGCUGCUCCAGUCGUUUCUUAAUUCAUUUCCCCAAAAAUAUUUAAAGGAAAACCCGUCCAAUUUGUUGCUGUAUUGCAAGCAACGUUGGAAAGACAUUCAUUACUGAUAAUUGUACAGGAAAUUUUCCGAUCGUAUUCGGUAGGCUGUGAACAAAACGAAACGAUCGGUUUGAAUCACCUUUGUACCGUAGAGUUAAUUGAAAAAUGAACCAUAGAGUUCCCAAUUGUUGUUGUAGGUGCAUUUCUAAUAUACUGCUUUGAAUUGCAUUCCUGAUUUGUCUGCAAAACGUCUAACAGUUGUGUUAAGAUUGUUGGAUUACAGACACAUUUGUCCUUAUUCUACAAGACUCUUGAGAAGCUAUAAGGAAGCCUUUGUUUAUGAAUAACGCUACACGUGUAUGAAAUUCUGGAAAAACCAGUUGAUUAGAAUCAAACGCCCUUUCUCUUUCUUGUAAAGGCAUUUUGUGUAUCGCGCAUCCUCUCUGCAUGUAGUUUACCUUUCUCUCUUUUUUUAAGAACUUAUCAGGUGUACUGUUAUUGUUAGUCUUAUAUCGAAUCUAACAAUUGCAUUCCUCUUGUAAAAUAAGUAGAAAUCAAAUCAAAUAAUCAUGGAGACAGAA